AUGGCAAGCACUACGAGUAUUCCUAUCCCGGAGAUUCUCGACUGGAGUGAUGACGCCUCGAACCCCAUUGGAACUGAGUACAUAAUCAUGGAACACGCCCCUGGUGUUCCUUUGCACGAGAAGUGGCCAACUAUGGACGUAGAUGAACAAUCUAAGUGCGUUAGUAAGAUCAUAUUCGAACUCAACGAACUUGGCAAACUCGAAUUUCCGGCAUAUGGCAGCCUUUACUUUGCCGACACGCCAUACUAUCACACUGUCAACCCGAACAGAGGACCAUGGCCUAAUCUCAACGCAUACUGCGACAGUCUCAUAGACCUCGGUAUCUCCCGAGUUCCACCAUCUCACCUCAUAACCAAACACCCACACUGGCAAGAAUUCCACGGAUCAACCACAGAACACUACGACCUACUCGAACGCGGCCGCGCGCUGCUAAAAGCAAUGGCCCAUCACCCCUCGCUCCAAGACUCUGCAAAGCCAUCCCUAUUCCAUCCCUGUCUCCACACAGAUAACAUCUUCGUCUCAGAAGACACCCCCACAACCGUCACCGCAAUCAUCGACUGGCAAGCCUGCAGCAUAGAACCAGCCUUCCACUACGCAGACAUCUCACCAGACUUUGCGCAACCACGUCCGCACGUCCAGCCAGAACGCGAGUUGAGUUUCAAACGCGAUGAAUGCGGCAUCCGCUUUGACUUGGGGCUUAUCGUAUUCUUCGGUCCCAUGUUUAAAGCCCGUCGAAUGGAUACUGCGUACCUCGACCCCUUCCGCUACUGCCACCGCACGUGGAAGGACGGCUUCAUCCGCUUCCGCAACGAAAUCAUUCAGACGGCGCGACGCUGGGGGGAAUUGGGAUUUGAAGGUCCUUGCCCUGUUGCUUUGCUCAGUGAGGCUGAGUACGCGAAACACGUGGAAGAGUAUGAGACUUUUGAAGAGAUUCAGGAAUGGAAGGAGAGUAAAGAGAGGGCACUGAAUAGGGUUGAGGAUGGCUGGGUGCCGGCGGAGGCGUAUGAAAAGAUACAGGCUUUACAUUUGGAGCUGCUGGAAUGGAGUGUUCAGCAUAUGUUUGAGGGCGAGGGGAUUGAUCGGGAUACUCAGGUUCAGAAUUAUGAGUUUUUGAAGGAGGUGUGGCCUUUUGAUCUGCCGGCUGGGUAUAAAGAGGAGCUUAGGCGGGAGUGA